AACUUACACAAUUGGUUGCUGACUAAAUACUUUUUUGCCCCACUGUAUAUAUAAUCACAGACAUAGCUCAAAAAACGUGCAAGACCAUGGCAUGGGCUUAGAAUGAAGUCCUAUGAAGUAUUGCAUUGGAAAAUAUGAAGAAACCCUGGUCUUUCUUGUAUUCAUUACAUUCCCAGAAAUUCGGUAAAUUAAAAAAGCCAUCAUAAUUAGGAAUACCUUUUAACUUUAUCUCUUUUAAAAUUCCAAAUGUUUUACCCUGUGACUUUUUUCCUUUCCUUUGCUCCAUUCUCCAUCUUUGAGUGUAUGGCAGUAUAAACUAUGGUCUGAGUGACCCCAUAUAUUUCCCCCCUAAAACGAUUCCCUUGGUUUGUUGUUCUACUUCUCCUCCUCCUCGUGCUCUGAGAUCUGACAGUGAAAGCUCAGGGAAUUAGGGGGACAUCGGGGCUGAUGUAUGCUUUGGGAUCCCAGCCAUCAGGGCAGGGAUGAGGCUGGGGUCUGCCAAUAGCUCUCACCUCCUCAUGCGUGUGUCUUUGUCCUCCUCCAUCCAUCUCCCGGGCAGCAUGCGGUACUUUGAUCGAGCCGCGCUCUUCAUCGAAGCCUGUCUGAAGUACGGGGUGAUGGAGGCCGAUGACUCUUCCAAUAAACUAAUCAAGUCUGCGUUUCUGGAGUAUGCUCGGCUGCUGCGCUCCCUGGGCCUGCGGGAGGGCGCCGCUCUGUGGGCGUCCCGGGCCGGCAGCGCAGGGGAGCAGCUGAUGGAGGAGCUGUUCCAGGGGGAGGGCAGCGUGCCAGAGAGCGUUAUCAGCGAAGACAAAGAGCUGGGCCAGGAGAGCACCGAGUGACCUCUGAAAGAUUUGGAGAAGAACGGAUGAUGGUGCAAAUCAAGGAUCCGUCAUUCAUUCUUACUUCUAAACCUCGACCAGUGUGAGUGAACUCUGUGUCAGCGCCCAGAGGAGUCAUGAUCCUCAUCAGGAGAAGAGAGGAUAUGUUUCCAUGUGGAGUCCGUCUCCCUGUUUCUGUGACUACAAAGAUGAAAAAAAAUGUUUGGUAUGACGUGUGUGUUUGUGCACAUUUGUGAAUGCAUGCAACGGCCCCAAAAGAAACACACUUCUGUCCUGAUUCCCCCCAACACGCGAAGUGAUGCACCUCGUGUUCUCUGUAGGUUAAUGGAUUUAACUUUUUAUUUAUGGUUGCUUGGUAAGCUUUAUUUUGCGUGCCUGUGUUAAUGACUUCAAAGUACUGUUGUAGCUCUACGGGUUUAAUUUGCCUUUUCUCUGCUGGGAUGAAAUACGGCAGAGUUCAUUCAUCCAAAAAUAAUACGUUCCAUAUUUCAUUUGCACUGCCCUUGACGGCCCACAUUACUACUCCAUGACUGGAUUCCCUCGUAAAUUAACCAAAAAUACCACAUUAUUAGAAUGCUAACUACGAUUCCCUGUACAGAGACACAGUAUUUCUGUAGGCAGACACACGACAGACUGGGUGUUCCAGCCACAGCAGGUGGUGCUGUAUAAUUGAGUGACCAAAGCCUGCUGCCUCCCAGCCUCCGCAGCUGUAACUGUUGAUCAGCAGGAAAGUUAGCCAGGCCACCUUGCUCCUAAUUCACCCUUAUUAUAAUUGAAUGUCCCUGAACACAGAGGUGAUAGGAGUGAUGCCGUUUAAUUAGCUUGUGUAGUGUUCACAUUAGUUGAAUAGAUUAUUCCACUAAGGAUUUUUCGUUUUCUACUUUUAUGAAACCUUGAAACGAAAACUACUCUUCUUUGAUGUUUGUGUAACGCGGUUGUUCUCUGGUGUGUAUUACAAGAUGAUCUGUCAAAAAUGUGUCCGUACUCAUUUGAAUCAGACUUUUGACAUAAUUUACACACAAAUGGUAAUCUGUGCUGCCCAUCACAAUUACAAAGGCAGACACACAUAUUUUAGCAUAUGACCCACUGCCAUCCGUUCUGCUUUUCUGACCAUCAUACUCAUCCUAAUGGUGGAGCAAAAUACAUAUUAAGUGGUUGUGUUUUUUAUUGCGUUGUAGCGUGUUAACUGGUCCUGAAACGAGACAGUAACUCCAUCCGUGGGACCAUUGUUUGUUGUGCGUUUUUGUGUUUCAUAAACACGUCAGUGCUGUUUCUGUUGUGUUGCGUAUAACCCCGAGUCACUAUGGCAACCCAGGCCUAUUUUAGGGCACUACAUGCUCCUGUAGACCCAUUUCACUCCCACUGACAUACUGUAGGAUCCCACACCCAGCAGAUAAUCAGCUGUAGUUUACCCAUGCUGUGUUUCUUCCUCCAAUCACGUCAUGCAGUAUUGUGCAAUGAACUGUACUUCCUCUUUAUGAUUAGUGUGACUAACACAGAGUAAACUAUAGCCGUUUUUCAUUGUUCUUUGUUCAUUGUUUGUACAGUGAUCCUAAUGCUUUAAGCUAUAUAAAUAUGACAAGAGAAAAAAAUAUCUGUAUAUAUGGAUGGAAAUAAAAUCAAUAUUAUUAACUUUA